AUGUCUGAAUAUAUGGACGACGUUGACCGGGAGUUCAUUAACUGUUUGUUCCCGAGAUACUUACUGCAACAGCCUGUGGCCUAUGAUUUAUGGAUUUUAUACCUGCAACAUAGAAAACUCUUUCACAAAUUGAAGAAUACAAAUCUAAUUAAUGCUGAUGAGAAUCCCAAUUCUGCUGGUAUGGGCAGGGUGAAGUUGACAGCUUCAACGAGGAAGGAAAUCUGGUCAAAACUAAUGAAUCUGGGUGUUCUAGGCACAAUUUCGUUUGAAGCUGUUAAUGACGAUUACCUAAUUCAAGUUUAUAAGUAUUUCUAUCCUGAUGUUAAUGAUUUCACGUUAAGGUUUGGCGUUAAAGACUCAAGCAGAAAUCCAAUACGGUUGAUGAAAACUCCUUCAGAGAUUGGUAAAAACGCCCAGGAAUUAUUAGAACCUGUUUUAUCGGAACGUGAAAUGGCGCUUAACUCUAACAUCAGUCUCGAUAAUGAUGAUAAUGACGAUGAUGAUGAUGAUGAUGACGGCGAUGAUGAUGACGAUGAAUCCGAUUUGGAGAGUCUAGAAGGGGACGUCGAUACUGAUACGGACGAUGACGACGAAGGUGACUCUGAUCGUAACGAAGAAGGAGAAGAAGAACAAGGGGAAGAGGGAGAAGAACGAGGAGAGAAUGCUGAUGUCUCUACUUCACAGCAGCCCGAAGAAAGGAUUGUGGACCCAUGGAUAUAUCAAAGGUCCAGAUCUGCUCUUAAUAUAGAAGCGGGGCCAAGGAACCUGUGGAGUACAACUGAUAAGAACAGCAAUUUGCAGUACUAUCCUCCUGAUCAAUCUCCAUCUUCUUCCCUUUCUUCUCCUACAGUGUCAUCCGGAAACGAUAAGAAUGACAAUGAGACUACGGAGGGAUUGUUCAGUAGCGGUAGCAGAAAGAAAAACUCAAUGAUUCCUGAUAUUUAUAAGAUAUUGGGGUAUUUUCUGCCUUCUAGAUGGCAGGUGCAACCGAAUAACAGUUUACAAAUAUCUCAAGAUGGUAUCACUCAUUUACAACCGAACCCUGAUUAUCAUUCAUACAUGACGUAUGAGAGAUCAAGCGUCUCUUCUGCUUCUGCAAGGAAUAGACUGAGGACAUCAUUUGAAAACUCUGGGAAAGUGGAUUUUGCCGUUACCUGGGCCAAUAAAUCGUUGCCAGACAAUAAAUUAACAAUAUUCUAUUAUGAAACUAAAGUUCUAAGCGUAACAAGCACUGAAAGUGCUGAAAAUAGCAAUAUUGUUAUUGGAUAUAAGCUAGUAGAAAAUGAACUACUAGAGGCUAAUACGAAGAAAAAUGUCUCGCGCUCAGGUGUGACUGGUUCGAGUAAUAGUCUAGGUGGCGGGAAUAAUACUAGCUCUAAUAGAGCGCCUUCUACUUCUUUUACUAUGGAAGGUUCUCAAAGACGCGAUUACGUCUAUGAAGGAGGCGUUUCAGCGAUGUCACUAAAUGUGGAUGGCUCUAUAACGAAAUGUCAGAAAUAUGGAUUUGAUUUAAAUGUGUUCGGUUAUUGCGGGUUUGAUGGUUUGAUAACUAAUUCCACCGAACAAUCAAAAGAAUAUGCUAAGCCUUUUGGCAGAGAUGACGUUAUUGGUUGUGGUAUAAAUUUUAUUGAUGGUUCAAUUUUUUUCACGAAAAACGGUAUUCAUCUAGGUAACGCAUUCACAGACCUAAAUGAUUUAGAGUUUGUCCCCUAUGUAGCGUUACGACCUGGAAAUUCGAUAAGAACGAAUUUCGGGUUGAAUGAAGAUUUUGUUUUUGAUAUUAUCGGAUACCAGGAUCAAUGGAAGAGUUUAACGUACCAACAUAUUUGUCGCGGACGUCAAAUGGACCUCUCUCUCGAUGAGUUCGACGACUCUGAUGAAAGCGGCGAUGAUGAAGGAAAUGAAAAUGGGCGUGGCGAAGCUGAACAGGUGAGUGUUAAUGAGGAUUUAAUGGAUAUUGACCAAGAACAUGGUGGCCCCAGUCAUCUGGAUGCGAAGUCGUUUGAUGAGGAAGAGGAUAGUGAUCUAAAGUUCCUAUUAGGAGAGGAUAAUAGGUUUGUGAACGGCAAAUUAGUCAGACCAGACGUCAAGGAUAUCAAUACUUUGAAUAUGGAUGACGGCACCUUACCUAAUACAUUGAACGUUAUGAUAAACGAUUACUUGAUCCAUGAAGGAUUAGUUGAUGUUGCAAAGGGGUUCUUGAAAGAUUUACAAAAAGAUGUUGUUGAUGUUAAUGGACAGCAUUCCGAAAGUAAAGAUGUGAUCAGACAUAAUGAAAGACAAAUCAUGAAGGAAGAACGCAUGGUCAAGAUAAGACAGGAGUUAAGAUAUUUAAUAAACAAAGGUCAAAUUGCCAAAUGUAUCAGUUAUAUUAAUAACGAAAUUCCGGAUUUGUUAAAGAAUAAUCUAGAACUAGUAUUUGAGUUGAAGCUGGCAAACUAUCUGGUAAUGAUUAAAAAAAGUUCGUCUAAAAAUGACGACGAAAUUGAAGAUCUAAUUUUGAAAGGCCAAGAACUGUCUAAUGAAUUCAUCUAUGAUACCAAGAUUCCACGAUCUUUGAGAGAUAGGUUCAGCGGACAAUUAAGCAAUGUCUCAGCGUUGUUAGCAUACUCCAAACCGUUUCUAGAAGCGCCAAAGGAGAUAGCAGGCUAUUUGAGCGAUGAGUAUCUGCAGGAGAGACUAUUUCAAGUUACCAACGGCACAAUAUUAACAUUUCUACACAAGGAUAGUGAGUGUGCACUAGAAAAUGUGAUAUCAAGCACGAGAGUAAUGCUUUCUACAUUACUUGAGUAUAAUGCCUUUGGUUCGGCCAAUUCAUCGGAUCCAAGGUAUUACAAAGCUAUCAAUUUCGACGAAGAUGUACUGAAUUUAUGA